AUGUUUAUCUCCGGGUCGAUUCUUUACGGGGGUAGGAUGGACCUUCAAGCAAGUCUAACCAUCGCAAUCUUAACCGACAUCAAUCUAGUCGUACCUACAGAAGUAACUACAAAGCUCACCCAAAUCCUUGUCCUAGGAGACAACGAGAUCGGUUCAAAUGCACAAAAGGCGGUCAACGAGAGGCCUGCGCAGACGCCCGAGGUCUACGUCCUCGCACUGACUCAGUUCGCCACUCGCGCAGAUACCGAGGUCAUGAGAUCCUUCUCGCUCGUCCUUAUCCGCCCGGCUCCGUCCCCUUCGCCCCACAAACCACACGCGUCCUCCCACCUCACCCUCUACGACCAUCUCUCAUCCCAAACCCUAACCACCCUCGAACGUCUUCUCCUCCACUCACUCGCACACGAACCCUCCUCCGUCGUCCGCCGCAAAUGCGCCCAGGCGUUCCAGAUGACGAACUCAAGCGAACCUGGGCAGAGGCAGAGCGCGUUUAGCGUGUUUGGCGGAUGUCCGAACCUGGUGUUGGAUUUGCAGACGGAGGCGGUGGUCGAAGUCUUUGGAAGGGGAUUGCAGGAUCCGCAGAGUGUCGAUGUUCGCCAUGCAGCCCUCAUAGGCUCCGUCUCUUACCUCUCCGCCCUCUCGCCACAUUCCCUCCCUCACGCCCUCAAACUGAUGUACCCCAUCCUCGACACCCUCCCCUCUCUCCCCGCCUCCCAACUCCCUCGGUUCUUAAACACCCUAACCCCACUCGCCACCUCUUCUCCCUCCCUCUUCGCACCCCAUCUCCCCGCCCUCCUUCGAUGGCUUCCAGGUCUCAUCCUCCCCAGUGCCGACCCAGGCCCCACACCCACCGUCGCCCGUCCCUUCCCCUCCUCUUCUUCCGGCCCUUCCUCCGGCGCAUUCACGUUCCCACCCUCCCCCUCCCAUCUCUCUCCCCACUCGCACUCCUCCGGUGCCGAAGACGACCCCCAAGACGAACAGGAUCUCGAAGCGGAGAAGGUGAGGAAGGCGGCGCUGGAGUUUAUGAUCAGCUUGAGCGAGGCGAAACCGGGGAUGGUGAGGAGGACGGAGGGAUGGGUCCAGCUUUUGGUUAGGGGGUGGUUGGGCGGGAUGGAGGGAAUCGAUGUGAGGGAGGAGGAGUUGAGCGGGUGGUUGGAGGCUGAUGUUUGGUUGGAGUGGCGAGAAGAAGGUUCGGUGCACUGGUCCAGGGGUUUCGUAUGUCCCGGAGGUGGCAUACGAAAGUUCGCCCUCACACCACGAGGCGCUCCCUCCGAUUCCUAG